UACGAGGUCAAUUUAAAAGCAACUAUUUUGUUUACAGCGUUGUUUCGUGUAUUUAUCAGAGUAUAGGCUUGGCAAUGCCGUCAACAUUGGAUGACUAUGAGACAUUGUUUUGCAUUGGUACAGGAUCUUAUGGCAAAUGUAAGAAGAUCAGAAGAAAACGCGAUGGCAAGGUAUUGGUUUGGAAAGAAAUAGAUUAUGGCGGUAUGUCUGAGACGGAGAAACAGAUGUUGGUCUCAGAGGUGAACCUGCUGAGAGAACUGAAGCAUAAACACAUCGUGCAGUACUAUGAUCGUAUCAUAGAUCGCAGCAAGGCUUCCUUGUAUAUCGUCAUGGAGUUCUGCGAAGGAGGAGAUCUCAGUUCUUUAAUCACUAAAUGUAGCAGAGAUAGAACAUACCUGGAAGAAGAGUUUAUUUGGAAGAUCCUUACGCAGAUACUUCAGGCUCUUGAAGUCUGCCAUCAGAGGAAAAAUGGCAAAUCUGUCCUACAUCGAGACUUAAAGCCUGCUAAUGUCUUCCUUGAUGCCUCAAAGAACGUUAAGCUUGGAGAUUUUGGGUUGGCGCGUGUGCUGCAUCAUGACACUAGCUUUGCCAAGACAUUUGUGGGAACACCUUAUUAUAUGUCACCUGAACAAGUGAACAAUAAGUCCUACAAUGAGAAGUCAGAUGUCUGGUCUCUUGGCUGUCUGCUUUACGAACUAUGUGCACUGAACCCACCUUUUACAGCCAGAAAUCAACGAGAAUUGAAUGCAAAAAUCCGUGUGGGGAGAUUCACUCGUAUCCCUUACAGAUACUCUUCUGAGUUGAAUGACAUCGUUUCUAGCAUGAUUGUAGUUGAUGAAAACAAACGUCCCUCUAUAAGAACUCUACUGGACAACCCACUUGUGAUAAAGAGGUGUGACCCAGCUCAAGUUGACAAAGAGAGAGAACGCGAGAGAAAACCAUCACCAGGAGUGGUAGAGACCAAGAAACCAGAAGUCCCUAAAAAAACAUAUGAAGACCUUUUGAGCAAGGAACGUGAGUUGGAAAGGAGAGAAAGAGCAGUUACAAGGAAGGAGAAUGAACUUGAAAGUCGCGAGAAGAGAGUUGCUCUGAAAGAACAAAUGGCGGAGGAUAAACUUGCUCGAGUGAAUGCUAAAGCAGACAAGAUGAGAUCAGACCAAGACCUCAGGCUGAGAAUGCGUAAUGUCAACAUCAAGAUCGAGAACACUGAUUCAGGUCCUGGGGAUAACUACAACUUGUAUGAUGAUUUAGAAUCUGUUGAGUACAAAAUCCUCCCAGCUCCAUGUCUUGUUAAAGAACGAAAGCCAGACAGUCCAAAGAAACAUGUCAGCUUUGGCAAAGAACGUCAUAUAGAUCUCUAUGGGAAAGAUAAUGAACUCCUGAAUAGCUUACUCGAUGAAAAUCCAAUGGACAAAUAUGGCUUGAAGAAUGAUCCUUUAUUUCAUAAACCUACAUCAGAAUAUGAAUCAGGAUUUAAACUAAGAGAGCAAAGGUUGAAGACUGCUCGAUUGAAAGAUCGUUUAGAACGAGCACGUGUAAGGUCAGCAAAUCUACGGACAGCUGAGUUUGAAUCAAAACUGAAAUCCAGGCAACUAUUGGGAAUGCGAUAAAGCAGAUAUUUUAGUAAAUAAACUAGUUAUUAAUAAUGAUAUUUAAAUUAUAACAAUCCACAUUGAAUUUUGAAAUAAUGGAGUGAAGAAUGGAAAUCAAUGUGAGUUCACUGAAGGCAGUGCAGACCCGAUGAAGUUCCUCCAUGAGGAAUGAGUUGAGGUGUCAUAACAAGUUUCACACUAGUGUAUUCAUCACAUAAUCAAUUUUAUUCACUACUUGAUCGCCAAUCCCGCUGGUCUACAGCAGGAUGAUACUAACUGGAGUUAGCAUCGUUCAAAAUGGUGGUCAAAAUUUGGUCCAUUCAAAUAAGCAUACAAUUCGAUUUAACCAAGUAAAAUCUUGAUCAGGUACUAACUCCAGUCCUUUUUUUUGAAAAGUGACACAGAGGGCUAAAAAAAUAUUUUCCAAAUGCAAAUGUUCUUGAGUUUUAAACACAACACAUUUUUACUACCCACGUACUUAACAAAAUUGAUUAUGUGUAGAAUUCAGUACAAAUGAAACUGCAGAAAUCAGCAUUUUGAUUCUUUGUAUAUUGGUCUCAAAUGGAUGAAAUCAUGAAUCAGAAAGCUAGCUCCUACAUAUGUGUAAGGGACUGGGGUCAUUAACAGAAACUUAGU